UUGGAGUACACAUUAUUCGUGCUCACCAGGUGCUCACGGAACUGUAGUUGGUCAUUCAUUCACCGUUUUCAGUUCUGGUCUGCGUCAGAAAAAUCCGUAGAUCUGGCUGAAUUUACAGUACACUUGUUUUAAAACAUGCUUCGCAAACGAACGGCCGCUCCAGAUGACAAUGUGGGGAAUUCCAAAGUUGAUAAAAACAAGGCUCCGGGUACUGAUGAAGGUGCGGGCGGCGAGAAUAACAAGGGAAUCUGGUCCACAGUUACUUUUGUAGGAAAAAUUUUGCUCGUCAUCAUAUUCGUCCCCCCCUUUCUGAAUUAUGCAUCAUUACAGCGAGAGGGGCUUAUGCUUCAACCUAAAGGGGGUGUAUCAGUAGAUAUUGGUUUAGGUCAGAAGAUCCACCUAAUGUGCAAAGGAAAGGGGCAGCCUGUUGUUAUGCUGGAUGCUCCCACCGGUAUGUCAUCCGAUGUUUGGUUCCACAUACAGGAAGACAUUUCACAUGUAACAAAGGUAUGCACAUAUGAUAGGGUAGGCCUUGGAUUCAGCAAACGGGCCAUUCAGAACGAAACCACUGGAAUGGAGAAAGUCUGGGGACUGUCAACAACUGGAAGAAUGGUGGAUGAUCUCCAUCGUCUGAUCAAAUCCGCUGAGAUUGCCACGCCUCUCAUCCUGGUGGGGUCUGAACUGGGCACGCUCAAUGGGAGAUUCUACAGCCACAUCCAUGAUUCGGAGGUGUCGGACCUGGUCCUGAUCGAUCCCAUCCCGGAGGACCUCUUUGAGGAGGAUCAGUGGCAGCAGUACUGGUACAGAAAUUUGGUGCCCUCCCUCCAGGUCAUGCAGUUCUCUGCAGCCACCGGGCUGAACAGGAUGUUCAUUAUUCUGGGUCUCAUGGAGCCGGUCAUGAAGGGGGAGGGGGUUUCCCUGGACUUGGUGCAACGGCAGAAAUACUUCCUCAGCAACCCGGCUCACCAGAGCAGUGCAGUGGACGAACACUUUUUCCUGAACGAGAGUGCAUCCCAAGUAAAGGAAAUUUCUAAAUACAAACCUCUUUCGAGUAGGACAUCAGUGAGCGUGAUUACUGGUGAUUCUUUUGACGAAGAACUUCCCGCUCAUCUCAACCAGAUGGUAGCUACGCUUCAGAAGAAGUGUCUGGAGGAGUUGUACCCGUCAGCCAAGCACAUUCAUGUCCACGGGGUAGACCGCAAAAUGAUCUACAAAAGUCCUUCAGCAAUUAGCAAACAUUUAAUGAAGAUGAUAGCACAGAGACAGUCUAGAAAACAGAGCCAAUGACAAGGUGCCAAAUAUUGCAACUUUCCAAAAAGAAAAAAGAAGCGGUUUGUUUUUAAUUCAAGCCUUUCUUUGUGAACAGCAGUGCUGUAUUUAGGUCUUGGAAGAUUUUGUCAGGGAAAGUUCACAAACAAAAUCCUUUUUUUGUAAAAGACCAUUUAUUUCGUGGUGGCAGAUGCAUUUUUGUUUAGUGAAGUUGUAUUUUUAACUUGAUUACAAGUGUAAUUAUAAUACAACUUGCCUUUAUUACUUGGAUAAAGUGUGAUGUUUCCCCUUUAACUUGUCCUUUUAUGUGGACUCUGGCUGUCAAACAAUUCAGACUCGUAGUUUGGAUAUAUCCCAGAAGCUGCUUAAAACAAAAAGUAUACGUUUAUGAAUUCAGAUGAUCAGCUAACUCUGUAUUUUUCUUGCCCAAUUAGUCCUACUUUUGGAACAAUCAACAUUCCCAAUCUUGUUGACGUCCAACACAGAAAAUGAGUCUACAUUUUUCCCAGUUAACUCAAAGUAAUUCGGAACUUUGAAGUGCAAGGGUAAAAAAACGAGAUCACAACUUGUGGUUAUCCUGAGGAUUGAAGUUUAAUUAUGACACCACAUCAAAAUAAAAAUUUCCAACAGUU